AUGCACCUCCCCGACAUCACAACCGCCUCCACCUUGGGCGCACAACCCCCGCCCGAGCAGGUAGACGUACUCAUCGUCGGCGGCGGGCCAGCCGGACUCACCGUCGCCGGGCAGCUGCUCCACCUUGCUCAGCGGGGGCGCGUUGCACUUGUUGAAGCCAAUGAGGAGCCGUGCGGCGGCUCGCGCCUGCCAAAGGCGCAGCUGAUCACCGCCCUGACCAUGGAGGUUUGGGGCGGAUGGGACGCGCGCCUGCCAGGCACAAUUCGAAGCCUGUGUCGGCUGAGCUCCGGGACGACGAUGGACGUCGUGUCCUGGGACUCCGCAAAGCGGGCCGCUCAAAGGGUUGGCAGCCUUCAGGCGCUGUCGGAGGGGGUUUCGCACGAGGCGUACGGUUGGGUGCAGCAGCCUCUCUACGAGGCUGCUCUGCGACGCCACCUCGCCGCCGCACCGCGCGAGUGCACGCUGACGGCCCACUAUGGUUAA